UGGGCAUCAAGAUGACUGAAACGCGAUUGGCGUCUGUCUCGUUUGAAUUUUCUUUCAACGGGACCAGUCAACACUCCUCGUAGGGAAUCAUCGCGCCACGUCAGGUGACUGACCAUGAGCUGGGCAGUGGAGGAGUGGAAGGAUGGACUUCCAGGGAAAGCCCUGCAGAAGAUCCAGGAGAUGGAAGUACAGCUGGACAAACUGAAGAAGGAGAGGACUCAAAAACAGUUUCAGCUUGACUCUCUGGAGGCGGCCCUGCAGAAGCAGAAACAAAAGGUGGACAGCGAGCGCAAUGAGGCAUCAGUCUUGAAAAGAGAGAACCAGUCAUUAGUGGAGUCAUGUGACACUAUAGAGAAAGCAAGACAAAAGGUUGCCCAUGAUCUGGGUGUCAAAGAGCAGCAAGUUUGCUAUCUAGAGGGGCAGCUCAACUCUUGCAGAAAGACCAUAGAGCGACUGGAGCAAGAGCUCAAGAAGUAUAAAAAUGAGCUUGAUCGUUCUCAACCUGCUGGCUCUUCCUCCUUGAUGUCCUCCUCCGACCUGCAGCCAUACACGACCCCACAGAAAAGUUUCCCCACUCCUGUCCCAGCUUACAGACAGCAAGAUGACAGACUAGAAGAUCUUCAAGACAAAUACAACCAGGAGGUACAAGAAAGAAAAAGGCUGGAGAAUGAACUCAAAAUCCUUCAGGUCAAACUUUUGAAUCAGUCGUCCAGCGUGAGCCACAAAGACAUUGCUGCGCGCCAAGCGGGAUCCUCCAUAUUUCCAUGGCAACAGCAAGACCGACAGUCUCAGGAUGCUAUGGAAACACCUCUGAAGAGGCGGGCCACGUCUCUGUGGGACGCCCACGAGGAGACGCCCAUAAAACCCAGCCAACGGAUGAGCUGCGCCAGACCAGUGCCCAGUCCUGGUGGAUCCCAACCUAUGGAGCAACUGAAGAACCUUAACCAAGAGCUGCUUGGUCGUGUGUCAGAGCUGGAGAGGAGUCUGUCCAGUCAUGAGAGAGAGAUCUCUAGCCAGGCCUCCAAACUGCAGGAUCUACAAAUCCAACUGACCCAGGCCCGUAAAGACCUGACUGAAAGGGACCGAGACUUGGCCAAGACCAGCCACGAGCUGCGUCAGACCACAGACAGACAUCAACAGCUGGAGGUCAAGUGUUCCUCAGUUGAGCAGAAGCUGAAACAAGUUACAGAGGAGAUGAACUGUCAGAGACACAACGCUGACAGCUGCAGACGAGCUCUGGAACAGAAACUCAAGGACCAGGAGAAAGACAGCCAGAAGGAGCUGUCCCAGCUGCAACGAUCUCACCACGCUUUGGAGCAGCAGAUGGAGCAGACCAAAGUGAAGUUAACACAGGAGAUCCAGCAGUCCAAAAAAGACAACAAUAUAUUGCAGUCUGAUAUGGACAAGAUGUGUUCUCAGAAGAGUCACCUGGAGAAGGAGGUGGAGGAUCAUAAACAAAAGCUUCUGCGCUCUCAACAGAGCCUCCAGGCCAGCCAGUCUAAAGAAGAGGACCUACGCAAAAAAUUAGAGGAACACCAGAGAGAGAAGAACAGUACUUGUAUCCAGUUGGACCAGAGCAACAGGCGUCUAUCACAGCUGGAGGACGAGAAGAAGACCUUGGACCAGAAUGUCAAACGUAACCAGGGCCUAUUGGAUGACCUCAAAGCAAAAUCUGAAAGCCAACACGAAGAGCUGAAGAGACUGCAGUCCAAACUGGAGCAACAAACUCAGGCUUCGACACGGGAGCUGGAAAACCUCAAGAAGACUGUCUCUGAUACAGAGGCGAAAAACGAAAGAUCCCAGAAAGAAAUGCAGAAGCAGAAGCAAGAGGCAGAUCAACUGACCACCAGGUUGACCGAGGCUGUAAAAGAGAGUCAAGAGCUGAAGAACACACUUGCUGCGAGUCAUGAUGAGUGCAAGAACCUGACACAGGAAAAUCAAGCUCUGCUGGAUUGGAAGAAACAGAAGGAGACCCUCAUCAAUGAUGUAGAGGACAUGCAGAAGGAACUCACAGACAAGAUCGGCAUGUUGGACAACAGUCUAAGCACACAGAAAGAGGCAAACGAAGAACUGAAGAAGCAGCUGAGGAGCGCAGAGGAAGAGCAGGCCAGGCUGUCGGCGCACAUUGACAGCCUGAAGGGAGAACUCCUCAUCAAGAGUACAGAGCUGGAGGAGAGGGAGCAUCAGUACAAGGAGAUCCUGACUAAAUCCUCUGAGACUGAACAGAAGCAUAACAAAGAUCUGGCAAAUGUUGGUGCACAAGUGUCCCAGCUUGAAACACAGGUCAAAAAACUGGAGGAGAGGCUGGAAAGGGAAACUGUUAGAGCUGAGCAGGCUGAAAGGAGUAUCACUCAGCUGCAGGAGGAGCACCAAGCGGCCUCCGACCUGGCCCUCUCCAAAGACCAGCUGCUUGAACUCGGCAAAGCUGAACUACGCCAGCUGAGGGAAAGCCUCACUCGGGCUACUGCAGAGCACGAGGAGAGAAAUUCAAGGUUGUCUGAGGAGAAAGCAGCAGUGUUGAGGCAAUGUGAGGAAAGCCUUGCGGCAAAGGCAGAGGAGGCAACGCAAAUCAAGCUGCAUUUGGAAGAAACUCAGCAAGAACUCUUACUCACCAAAAACCAGAUUGUGUCUAUGGAGCAGUUGCUGAAGGUCCAGGAACAGCUUGGAGCAGAGCUGCAUAAACAAAUCAAGGCGAUGACUGGUCGUGAAGAGGAGCAAAAAAAGACAGAUGUGGAAAAAAUGCAAAAGUUGCAACAGUUGGAGGAGGAGCUGAAGGAUGUACGCAUCCAAAUGACAGAGAAGGAGGGGCAGCUCACAGACGGCCAGGCUCAGGUUUUGUCUCUGGAGAAACAAAAUGCAGACCUGGAAAAUGCUGUUCAAGAGAUGGGGAAAGAAACCGAGCUCCUCAAGCAUGCACAUGAUGAGAAGGUAAACAAGCUGCAGGAGCAGAUGUUAUCUUUAGAGAGAGACUUUUCUGCAAGCAAAGAUGCAGCUGAGAAAGUUCCCUUGCUAAAGAGUGAACUUGACGCGGUCAACCGCUCGCAGGCUGACCUCAAAAAACAUCUGGAUGCCCUAGAGAAGAGUCUCUCCUCCAUGACUGAAGUCAAGAGCAACUUGGAGAACACCCUGACUGAGAGAGUCAGUCUAAGCUCUGCUUUGGAAAAAGAAGUGGCAGAGCUCAGGCAGAGGAUGAGCGACCUGUCUGAGAGUCACGCUUUGGAAGCUCAAAGUUUCCUUGACAAGGAAAAGAGCCUCAGAGAGCAGCUUAAAGCUGCAGAGAAAGCCCUGAGUACCACCAAAGAGGAGUCCAGUCAUGCACGAACAGUAAUGAAGAACAUGAAGACCACUCUGUCUGCAGCUUCACAAGGAUUGGAGGAAAGAGACUCAAUGAUAAAGAGCUUAAAGGAGCGGCUGAACAGCGCAGAUGCAGAACAGGCCAAGACCUCCGAGCACCUGAAAGAGAAAAUGGUUGCUAUGAACAAAAUCAAGGUGCAGCUGGAAAUGCUUCAGAUGGACCUGGAAGACAACGAGACAACUGUCAACUCGUAUGAACGCCAAGUAGAGGCGCUAAAGGAGACGAUCCAGUCACUGGAGUCCGAGCUGGCUUAUAACCAAACCCAGAUAUCGGACAUGGAGGCCCGGUUGGAGGACAGCCAAGCCCAGGUCUCUUUCUUGGAAUCCCGGCUUGUGGAGGUCCAGUCUCAGAACUCAGUCCUGGAGACACAGUACUUCACAGCCAGAGAAGAGCUGUUGGAGAGAAGUGGUGAAAUAACUCGCCCAGAAGGGGAUGCUAUCAAACACAGUCAACUGGAAGAAGUAAUUGCCACUCUGGAGGCUAAAGUGGCCUCUCUCAGUCAAACAAUUCAAGACAAAGAAGAUGAUGUCAGACAAUCAUAUCAGGAGAAAAAUUGCCUGGAGGCUACUGUGAAGCAGUUAGUAGAGGACAAAGAGCAAUUAGAAACUGACAUGAUGAAGCUCAAUGCGCAGAGUCAGCAAUUAGAAGCGAGGCUUGAUGUGUUAGCUGAGGAUAACAAACACUUGCAGACUAAUGUGGAGCUCCUAGCUGAUGAGAAGCGGCUAUCUAUGGCAGAGAAGGAGUCGGCGCUGAGGCAGCUCAACGAGGAGAAAGCUCAAUUCAGCGCGCUGACAAACAAGCUCAAUCAAGCAAUGGAAGAAAAGGUCGAGCUGGAAGUAACGAAUAAUCACCUGAAGGAGAAGAACAUGACGCUGCAGUCCUGUGAAGCCAGUCUGAUGGAAGAGGCACUGCGAUUCCAAGAGAGGAUCGCCAUGCAUGAGAACCAGGUGGCAUCUCUGCGAGAGGAGAAGGAAUCUAUCCAGGACCUCCUGCUGUCCGCACAGCAGGAGUGUCACAAGAUGAAGGGGCAGCUUGAAGAGGAGAACAGAGACAGGACCCAGCAUUUUGAGAUGCAGCAGGCUGAGCUCCAUCAGAAGUUAUUGUGUUUACAACAAGAGCUGAGUGUGUUUAGACACAAGUAUGACUCACUGCUAGAGCAGGUGGACCAGCAACAGCACCUCAUACAGCAGCUGUCACAGGUUCAGGACGAGCCAGGAGAAAGGUUUAGCACCACAGAGAAUGAAGACGCAGACUUCAGCACAGAGACAUCAAGCCACAACAACUUGGAACCCGCACUAGACUCCUUGCCAGUGAAUGAGUACAAACUGGAAGAACUCUCAAACCAGCCCAAUGAGGCCGCCAGUGGGACAGAACCAGUCCUCGAGUUCAUCAAACCAGACAUGAUUCAAGGACAUUUGGAAGAAGACAAAGAUGCAUUCAUUGAAGAUAGGGAGAAAAUGCAGGACGAUCAUCAGCAGCAGCAGUUUGAUCAGGCUCCAGAGGAGAACUCUCCUAAGACUGGCCUUGAAAAUGAAGCUGCUACCUGGGAGCUGUCACUGUGUUCCACCUCUUCGGAUGACACCAGGGAGUUACCAUCCAGCGCAGAGAUGGAGAUUGUGCAGUUACAACACGACCAUGACAAGAAAAAGCUCUCGGAGCGAGACGAGGAAGUCCAGGCCCUGCAAUCUGAGAUUGAGUGUCUGACCUCUGACCUUGCACUGAGGAAGGAGUUGACCUCUGACCUCCAGGCCCAAGUUCAAAACUUGGAGAAUAAAGUUCAUUCAGCAGAAGAAGAGGCGUGUUGUGCAGCACACAAGCUGAACAGUGCUCUGCAGCAGAGGAACAGCCUCACUGAUCAGUUGUCAAAAAUGUCAGAAGAGACGGAAACAUUAACCCUGCAGCUCCAAACAGCUCACUGCCAGCUAACCGAUGUCAUGGAGAUGAUGGAAGAAUUGCAAAUGGCCAAAGGUGGGUGGGACGAGAAGUUCCUUCAGCAGGAGAGCGAACUGAGGAGGGUUCGCUCAGAGAAAGCCAACCUGGAGCAGCACAUCCUGGGCAUGGAAUCUGAGCUGGAAGCCCUGCAGGAGGAGCGCAGCAGGCUGGGAAAUGAGUUAGAAACUCAAAGGAAGCUGUGCUCAGGCUUGGAGCAGCAGAUAGAAACAAUGUCCACUGAGACACUCCAGCUGAGAACAGAGCUGGUUUCCUGCACCGAGGAGCGAGAUGAGCUGAGCCAGUCUGUGGGACAAUGGCGACAAAAGGUUAACGGGCUGGAGAAGACCAACUGUGACACCAGGAGUUUAAUAUCCAUCCUGGAGGAGGAUAUCAGAGCAGGGAGGAGGGAAAAUGAAGCUCUGCAAGGCAACGUGAACAAAAUCAAGACAGAGCGGCAACAGCUUUUGGAGCAGAUGAAGGUGUUGGAGGAGGCUGUGUCCCAGCAGAGUGGAGAGAAAGAACAGCUAAUGGGACAGCUUGACAAGAUUAAAGAAGAUCACACAUCUGCCAAUCAAAACACAGAGUCCAUGUUCAGCAAAAUCCAGGCUUUGGAGGGAGAAGUGAGACAGCUGACUCAGUCUCUGGAGUCUUCUCUACUAGAAAAGGGUGAAAUCGCUUCUCGUUUGAACUCUACUCAAGACGAGGUCCAGCAGAUGCGGAGCGGCAUUGAAAAGCUCCGUGUCCGCAUCGAGUCUGACGAGAGGAAGAAGCAGCAGAUGGGCGAACUGCUCAAAGCUGCUCAGAGGAAGUCCGACUCACUGCAAGACCGCAUCGAUGCUCUAGAGAGAGAGAAGGAGGAAGUGGAGAAAGAUCUUGAGGAAGCUGUCCUUCAGGCUGAGACCACUAAAGCAGAGCUGGAGGAAGAAAGGCAAAAGGUGGAAGAAGAGAGGAGAGAUCUCAAUGAGGAGCUCUUGAAACUCUCUGCCACUCUGGACAACCUGAAAUCUGAAAAGGAGCAAAUGGAGAGGGAGCUCCUAACAAAAGAUCAAGAGCUGGAGGAGCUGAAGGCUGCCAAAGAGGAGCUGGAGCAAGGGCUGGAGAAUUGCAAGGUGGAUCGUAGAGAAGAAGAGGCAAGGCAGAGAUGCAGGGUGGAGGAGUUGGAGAGGGGACUGAGGGAGGAAGCGGAGAAGCUGACAAGGCGAGCGGACGACCUCCAGAUGCAGCUUGAAGUAACUCGUCAGCGAGAGAUCUCCCUUGAAGAAAAGAGCGCAGAAACGGAGAGGGAGCGAGAGAGGAUGAAGGGUCUGCUGGCAGAGUUGGAGGAGGAGAAACUAUGUCUGCAGAGCUCAUUGGAGAACCUGAAAAUGGGGGGGAAGGAGUGGGAGGAGCUGGAAAACAAUCUGAUGACUCGCAUUCAAGGUCUGGAAGAAGAUAUUGUAAAAACCAAGGAGGCAGAGAGGGAAGGGUUGGAGCAGCUAGAAGGAGAAAACCGACGGCUCUUAGAAGAAAAAGAGAGACUGCAGCAGGAGAUUGAAAAGCUUAAUUUUAUCCAGGAGGAGCAGGAGAGAGACAGGGCAGAGGAGGACAGACAGAGGCUGGAGGCAGAGAUGAAGACGCUUCAGUCAUCCUUGACGCUGAUGGAAGAAGAGAAGAAGUGUAUGUCCUCAGCUCUUUCUAUGUUAGAACAAGAGAAGCAAAAAGCUGAAAGUGACAAGGAGAAACUGUCAGAGGAGCAACUGAGUCUUCAGUCCACAGUUGCCUCCAUGGAGGAGCAGCUGGAAUCACAGCAGCUCUCUGUCUCAAAGCUCAAUAAUCAGGUGUCUGAGCUGUCAUCUCAUGUCGCCCGUCUGUCCAAAGAGAGAGACUCGGCCAAUGGCAAGCUGAAUCUUUGGAUGAAGACGUGCAAACAGCUGGAAGAAGAGAAGCAGCUCAUACUGAGCAGCUCAGAUGGGCAGAGCAAUGAAGAGGCGAAGAAGCUGCAAGCAGAGGGGAGGAAGGAGGUGGAGGAGCUGAAGGCGUCCCUUAAGGAGUCGAAGGCAGAGUCUGAGGUGAAAAGCAAGGAGGUGGAGGAACUGAAGGCAGCCCUCGAGGAGGUGAAUAGUGAAUUAAAAGAAGUCAACCAACUUGUGGAUGAGAAGACAAAGGAGGUGGACGACACCAUGAACAAAUACUGCAGCCUGAUGUUGGAGGUACACAAACUAGAGGAGGCCAAUGAGUUGCUGACAACAAGGUUGCAGCAUCUGACUGCCAGCAAACACAACAACAAAGACAAGAUCCACAACAGUGGUGCUGACGGUCGCCGGCGCUCUGCAAGAACUUCCUCCUCCUUAAAACAACAGGACGUCCACCUGAAUGUCAACACAGAAAACACAGCUCCUUCCACUCCUCAGAGGUCCCCGCAGGGCUCCUCCUCUGGGAAGAGGGCUCAUAGAGAGAUGAGCAAUAAAGACAGCGCCCAGGAGGCCCUUCACAACCUCACCAAGAAGAUCAAAGCCAACGCUGUGACCACACCUAAAACACGGACAGAACAGGAGGAGGAGUUCCGGCCUGAGGGACUUCCAGAGCUGGUACAGAGAGGGUUUGCUGACAUUCCUAUGGGGGAAGCCAGCCCCUUCAUCUACAGGAGAACCACAGUGAGGCGCUGCAGCCCUCGACUGGCCACCAGGGAGACCUCCACCACAUCAGACAGCAAGCAGAGUCCACAGGCUAAAGACGCCUCAAGCAGGAAGUGUCUGAGUGGCGAAGAGAAGGACAUGGAAGCAGACAAAUGUUAUGUUCAGUAGGAACGCAGAAAUACACUGCACGUGUGUGUGUAUAUAUAGUGUACAUAUAGACUUGGUUACAGUACACUCCACUUUUUAUCAUCACUCACAUCAAAAUCUGACAGUUAGCACGCACUUUUUAAAUUGUAUUAUGGGGUAUUAUGUGGCACUAUACAGAUAUUUAGGAACAGCAAGCAUGUUUUGGAAUACCACUAAGAUUGUCUCUGAAUGUAAACUAGUCUCACUGUUCUGUAUGCUUUACUGCCCUCAGCCUGUGUACCUUGUACAGCCUUGACCAUAUUUACAAGUAGUAGCUACUUUUCUUCUAAGGGCAGCUACCUUUUUAUGUCCUUUUGUGCUGUUUCACAUUUUGUAAAUAUUUUUAUCGUAGCAUAAUUGAAAUAGUUUCUCGAAUCAAAUCUUUGCUUUGUAGCAUCUCUUAAUAAUAUAGCUUAUAAUAUACAUAGAAGGUGCUUAUUGUAUCUUGUGCAACUUUAUGAGGUUACUGAUUGCUGUAAAUAGCUUAAGAAUUUAGACUUUUUUUUAUGACUAAACAUGUUUAAUUGACUAUUGUGGUUUCUUUUCUUUUCAUUUUGCAUGACUAAAUCAAAUGUCAAAUCAUUAACAGUAAGAUCAAAUGGACUAAAGCAGAUAAUAUAUAGUCAGUAUCUUCUCCCCUAAUAAGGUUGUAAGGAUCAUUUAUUUUUAUUUUAUUUUUGCUUUUGUGCAUCAUUUUAUUGUGCAAUUCCAUUGUCAACAGCUCAAGUGGCGGUCAGUCAGCUAUGUUGACCCCUGGGCAAUUAAUAAAAUAACACAAUUAGCACAUUUUUAAAGAUAAAAACAAUACAUUAAUAAGUAUUUAACAUUUUUUUGCAUUUUACAUCCUGGCAGCUAAUUAACUGAUAAAAGCAGUUAAUUAGCUGCCAGAACAUGGGGAAAAAAAAGGGG